GACAUAUAUUGAGGUUAUAAAUUUGUUAUUCAACGAAUUCUAACUCUUAAAUAGUUGUGUAAAUAUUAGUGUGAUUAUUAUUUUAUAAUGUGUAUUUGACAAAUUCAAAUCGUCGUAAUUUAACCACAAGAAUUUUAAAUAUAACAAUCAUAAAAAUGAAAGACGGCAGUAGAUUGUUAUUUAUCCUCCUGAAAGUUUCUGAAAAAGCUGCAAAUAUUGCAAGGGCUUGUAGGCAGAAUGAUGCUCUUUUUAAACUACUUGUGCAAGAAAAAUCACAAGAGGAGAAGAAUCCACGCUUCUUUCAAGAUUUUAAAACAUUAGCAGAUGUUCUGAUACAAGAAACAAUUAAGCAUGACAUUGAAAAAGAGUUUCCAGAAUUGUCGAAAGAAGUGCAUGGAGAAGAAAAUAAUAUAUUCAGUAAUACUAUAGGUGAAACCAUAAUUAUUAAAGUUUGUAGUACUAUCGAAGAAACAACUGAGUUGCUAGCAAAAGUGAUGGAUAGUGAUAUUACGACUGCAGAAUUAUUAGCCAUAGAAGUUCAUAAGGAUAUUGAAUUCUUAGAUAUUCCAAUGGUUACUAAACUACCUUUGGAUUUUGAUAUUAAUAUUGAUGACCUUGGUAUAUGGAUUGAUCCAAUUGAUUCAACUGCAGAUUAUAUACAUGGAGGAGAAAAGGUGGAUGAUGUGACUGGCAUACAUUUGAGUGGUUUGCGUUGUGUUACUGUUUUGAUUGGAGCAUAUUUUAAAAGUACAGGCGUACCAGUUUUAGGCGUAGUGAAUCAACCUUUUUAUACAAAGAUGGACACAUGGUGGACGGGAAAUUGUUAUUGGGGAUAUGUCCAGAAUGAUGUUCGAAGGUGUUCUAUAACAAAAGAACCUACUGACAAGAAGGUAGUAGUUCUUAGUAGAGUGGAAGAUGCUACUAUAAAAUCUGAACUAUUAAAUGCUGGUUUCACAUUAGUGGAAGCAGCAGGAGCUGGUUAUAAAGUUUUAUGUGUUGCUCUUGGAGAAGCUGAUGUUUAUGUUUUAUCUAAAAAAUCCACAUACAAAUGGGAUACUUGUGGCCCCCAGGCUCUGCUAUGUUCUUUAAAUGGAGGUGUUAUUGAAUUUGAAAGUUUUAUCAAUAAUGAUACAAAUUAUUCGGAUGUAAAAUAUAUAUCCACAAAUAACGAUUUUUCAAAUAACAAUGGCUUGAUAGCAUAUCGGAAUCCUGAAAUUUUGCAAACAUUAAAAUCU